GCGUGUAGAAAGUAAAUACUGCGACGGAGACAGAGUAGAACGACGGCAGUGUGUCGCGCAUAUCUUUAUUCCUUUGACUUGUUUGUGAUUGUGUAGCAUAAAGGCUACUCACCAUAAACUCAUUUGACUAUUUUUAUAUUCCGAAGAACACAGAAAGGGAUAGGCUAUAUUUUUCGAGGUCCUCUUGAAAAUCAUGUUUGGGGCUCAUAUAGCCUAUCUGGGGUUUACUGCAAAAAUAGUAAUAUCCGAUUAAUAGGCUACCCUUUGUCAGUCGAAUUUUCAUGCAUAGUUUAUGCCUGUAUUCUGCAGUAUUGGUGAGCGCAUGUAGCAAGCUUGUCAGUUAGGGGAUCCUGCACGAAGACCAGUCAGCGCUUAACAGAGGGGCUGUAUUAAUAGGCUGUUCUCCGGUAUUGAACGCAUUUUUUAGAGCCGAUUUAUAGACAAGCAACAGGAACUUGUGUGCACGUUGCGAAGAAGCCAAGGGCUACAAUAAAUCUGAACAGGGAAUAAAAUGACUAUGUCCGUCCAGGAGAGGAAUUCGGGGUCUGGGGGAAAGGAAGAAGAGAGCGAGGAUGAAAGCGAAAUUCUGGAGGAGAGCCCUUGCGGUCGUUGGCAAAGGCGAAAAGAGCAGGUGAGCCAAGGCAAUGUCCCAGGAAUUGAGAGUGCAUCUUUGGCCAUGGACACAGAGGAAGGGGUGGAAGUGGUGUGGAAUGAGGUGCUGUUCUCUGAGAGGAAGGUGUUUAAUGCCCUGGAGGACAAAAUCAAAGCUAUGUUUGAGAACCUGAUGCAGGUGGAGCACCCAAACAUUGUCAAGUUCCACAAGUACUGGCUGGACAUGAGGGAUAACCAGGCCCGAGUGAUAUUCAUCACAGAGUACAUGUCUUCAGGCAGUCUCAAGCAGUUUCUGAAGAAGACUAAGAAAAACCACAAGACCAUGAAUGUGAAGGCAUGGAAGCGCUGGUGUACACAAAUCCUCUCUGCCCUCAGUUACCUGCACUCAUGUGACCCACCUAUCAUCCAUGGCAACCUCACCUGUGACACCAUAUUUAUCCAGCACAACGGCCUCAUUAAAAUCGGCUCAGUUUGGCACAGGCUGUUUGUCAAUGUCUCUCUUUUUGCAGUGUUCCCAGAGGUGGGUGUUCAGGGUAAAGUGCGGCCCCACCGGGAUGAGCAGAGGAACCUCCAUUUCUUCUCUCCAGAGUAUGGCUCAUCUGAAGAUGACUACGCCAUCGACAUUUUCUCUUUUGGGAUAUGUGCCCUGGAGAUGGCUGUGUUGGAGAUCCAGGCCAAUGGAGAUGCUGUUGUGUCCAAGGAGGCCAUAAGCAAUGCCGGGCAGUCCCUGGAGGACCCUCUUAUGAGAGAGUUCACCCAGUCCUGUGUACGUCAUGAGGCCAAGAUGAGGCCCACAGCCCACGACCUGCUUUUCCACCGCGUGCUCUUUGAAGUCCACUCCCUCAAGCUCUUAGCUGCCCAUUGCUUCAUCAACAACCAGUACCUUCUCCCUGAGAACUGUGUGGAGGAGAAGACCAAGUCCUUUGACCCCAAUGGCGUCAUGGCAGAAAUCGAACAUAAAGGCCGUCCGGGAGUGCAGCUGAAGUACUCCCAUGUCUCCCCUCUGGAGCUGGACAAGUUCCUGGAGGAUGUCAAGAAUGGGAUCUACCCUCUGAUGAACUUCGCCUCCGCCCGCCCUCACCCUGUCCCGCGCGCCCUUUCCUUGUCCCAGGAGCACAUGGAGACCGUGAAGACCCCCACCCCAGAGCCACAGGAAAUGGAGACCAGAAGGGUUGUACAGAUGCACUGCACUAUGGAGUCCAAUGAAGAAGGGACACGGACUCAUCUUUCGCUGUUCCUGAGGAUGGACGACAAGCUUCACCGGCAACUCAGCUGUGACAUACUGCCCUCUGACAACUCCAAGGACCUGGCCAAUGAGCUGGUUCACUAUGCCUUUAUCAGUGAGGAGGAUUGUGAGAAGCUGGCGAUGUUCCUUGAGGAUGAGCUGUGCAAACACAGAAGCGUUACAACUGUUUCGUCUGGGGCAAUGGCGAUGUUGCACUAAAGGGUGGGUGGGAG